GUACAACUAUUCCUGGUACUGAAAGAGGAUGUACUUGUUCUGGGGUGCUCAGUUGCGUGCAUUUGAAACCACAGCUCAAAUAAAAUUUUACUCAACCAACGGAGUAACAACAGGAAGUGACUGUGAGACAAAGAAGUAAGCGCACAACUGAGCACAAAUUUUUGUUCAAAGUUAAAAGAAUCACAUGAAAUUUGUCAAAUGAAACUACAAGCUACAAUUUUCGCCAAAGAAGAUGGAACAAAACAUUGCGGAUUUGCUUAAGGAUGCUUUUUCAGAUGUUGACAUACAUGUAGAUUUUGAGCAUCUACAAUCAGAUGAGGGCACUAACACAUCUAAAACAGAGCUAGUUAUGGAUGAGGACAUGGAUGAUGUGAACAGUGCAAGUAAUCUCUGGACAACAUCAGAGAAAGGCUCAGUUGAGACCUUCAUUAACGUAUAUGAAAAGGAAGAAGGUGAAGCAAGCUCUGAUACAAGUGAGAGUGAGUCAAGUAAUUCAUUCCCUAUCGACACAGAGUCUCUAUUUUGCCUUUCUCAUGAAAUAGAUAAUGAUCAGGUUGUAAACACGAUGAUGACAGAAGCACAACAACUAAACUAUACAGCUGGUGAGUGUACUGCAGAGGAAGGAAACAUGCAAAGUGACUUAGCAGCAGGUGUUUCUACGCAUGGACUAGUUACUGACUUAAACAUAUCAGGAGAUGAAAAGGAGCUCCCAGAGGAAGAACACAUGGAAACGUUUAACGUAGAAUAUAAGCCACAGAAAUCACCUUCAAUGUCCAGUGAGAGUGAAACACCAGAAGAGACGUCAUCCGAAUCAGAUGAAGAAUUACUUGAGAACUACAGCACAACAGAACAAUCUCAGUGUGAAUUUACUGGUAACAAGGAUGAACUUUUUGUUGCAAUGAGUCAAAAUAUUGCUGAAAAAUACUAUGACAGUGAUGACAUGAAAGAGUUUACAGAGGAAGACCAAGAACAGAUCGAGGAAAGCCUUGCAGAUUAUCCCUCGGAUUUUUCACACAGUGAAACCGAAGAGCCUGCUGAAAAUGCUACAGCCCAGCCGUUCACCCUCAUAGACAUCAGUUCUAGUGACGAUCACUUCACAGACAAGAUGGAGGAUUUGUCCAAUGCAGAAAAUGUAAACUUGCAAAACAAAGACAGUUGUGCCCUAGAUCAUAAUUCUGGGAUUAAGGACCUAGAGGUUGAGAUGAUCUCAGCAGACUUAGAUCUGUCUUUCCAGAGAGGAAGCUUUGAUGAAGAGGAUGUCCAAGAAUAUUUACCAAAUGAUAGAAACACAGAGGAAUAUGCCAAGAAUAAGGAGGAUGCUGGAGCGCUAAGUGAUCUUAAUGAUCAAGCAGACUAUAUCAGUGACAGUAGUAGUGAUGAUCACAGCACAAGCGAAGAAGAAACUCAUUUUCUCCCAUCAUUAAAGCAGGAAGAGGAAAAGUCUCAUAUUACACAACAUAACUCAACACAGGACAUGGUGAGGGUGGAUAAUGAUAUUGAUUAUACAUGUCCAGAUACAGAGAAUGGGGAUGUUAACAGUCCUGAGCAACAAUAUGAGGGACAUUUAUCAUUUUGUGAUGUCAAGGAAAGAAGCUUCACAAACACAAGCUCUAUUUCAUAUUAUGAAGAAUCCAAUACAGAAUCUACAGAAUUACACCAAAGCACAGAGUCAGACAAAACAGACACAGCCAUAAAAGACCAUGACAAAUCAUCUUCAGAGUCUUCAGACAAAGUAGGGGAUACCAAAAACAUAAUAAAUGAGGUUUUGUGGUCCUCAUCACUGCUGAUGGAUGAAGACAACCUGCGCUUAGAUGAAUAUGACUGGGGCUUGACUGUUGAAGAUUCAUUUAAGAUAAAUUCAGGCGAAGGAGAAAAUCAAGAGUACACAGAGGAAGAUCUGGAGAAGUCUGAUGAUAAUAAAAAUCGGAUCUGGGAGCUGGAGAAAACUAGAAUUGAGGCGUUUUAUAGAUUCUAUGGUGAUCAGGCUGACCCAGAGGAUACUGUGGGCAGGAACCAUAAGGUUACCUUUCGAUUGGAAAAGUAUGAUGAAUCUUCUGAAUAUGAUGAUGAGUCUGACAGCACCGAAGAGGAACUGGACUCAGAUCUCAACACACCAGAUCUCAACAUAUUGAAAAAAGAGUAUCACAGUGAGUCAGAUGACCCAUUGGAGAAACCUUACUACCCUGAGAGGUCAAGGAUGCAACCAAAGGAACAGCAGCCUGUGAGUGCAGCAGAGAAGCAGCAUCCUCCGAGGAACAAGGUAAAAUGUCUUGCUGUGCUAAAGUCCAGCUUAGCAUUUGGCCUGCUGACAGCAAUAGGCAUCGUUUCAUUCUGGUGGGCAACAGAAAAUCUGGAUUGGAUUCACUGAAUUCACACCUCAUUGUUUCUGGUUAAGAAAACACAAUAAGAAUCAAUUUUAUACUCUUGGUGUAGGUGUAAAUGUAGAAUUAGGGGAAUGAGAUAUUAUAAGUGGCUUAUUAAUGUUUGUAAAAUAGGCAGCAGGCAAAAGUCCAUUUAAAUCAGACCAACUUUAUUUCUUGUAACGUUGCAGCCUUCUAACAUGCUCUAGGAAAACCUUUUUAAAUUAUAUAAAAAGAAUUUUUUUUUUCUCUCUCAUCAUAACGUAACAACUCUUGGUCAUUUUAGUUUGCCAUCAGUUGGGGCAUCAAUGGAAAGAUUCUAGUUGAAGGAAAGAAUGUUUAUAUCAUAGUGUUUUUUUUUUUCUACUGGCACAGAAUCCUGUAUUACCAUUAAAGUCAAAUUCCUCUAAACAUGCCAUGCAGUUAGUGUAAUCACUUAUUCUGGGACUGAAAUAUUUUGAGGGCUCUUUAAUAAACCAUAGUGCAUCAUUUGUCGUGCCAUUACUAGGGAACCAAAAUUCAUUGCAUGUGGAUUGAAACUGUAAUACUUUUCAUAAUGCUAUACUGCAAUUUCACUUGAACUCUCCUUAUGUCUGAAAGCUUUGUCUUCUUUAAAGAUUUACAUGUAUGAUUAAGCUACUAAUGAUGCUUUUGCUUAAGAAUGUGGAAUGUUGUUGUAGAUUAAAAGCUGCCAAUCAAAAGUCUAUGCUUGUUAACCACUAUUUCUUACAGGUUUAAAAAAAAUGUAUUUAUAACAAUACAUAUAACAAGCUUAAUUAUAUGAUGAUUAACCUUUGAUGAGAUAUUAACCAGAUUGGAAUUUCCAAAGGAAUGGUGAUGCUUAUGGAUUUUCAAGAUAAUGAUUAUAAUAACCAUUUAAUUGAAUGUAAAAUGUAAACAUUUUUACCUGUAAAAACUCCUGUAAAUGUAUUAAUAAAAAUAAAAUACAUGCUAAGUUUAUAAAUGUAUUGCAGAUAGAAGUAAAAAUGUGUAAAUGUA